AUGUCGUUCAUAACAUCCUCGUUACUAGCACUCUCUCUAGCUGCUUCGGCCUAUUCCUCUCCGCUCUCUACCAACUAUCACAAUGCGCCUGCUCAGCGCUCGUCUUUUAUUCCAGCUCCUCUCAUAGAAGAGAACCAUCUACAUGGAACUAUCAAUAACUCUUACAUCGUCAAGUUCCGGGAUGGCUUGUCCAAUGCUCUCGUAGCCAAUCAUCUCAACUUUCUGCAAACCAAACAUACUGAAAGUCCCCUCGUCGGUGAGGAUUCUGGAUUGCGACACGUCUACGAGUUUGGCUACUCUGGCUACUUCCAUGACGAUGUCGUUGAACAGUUAAGGGCACUGCCUGAGGUCGAAUACAUUGAACGAGACCAGGUCGUGCGUAUAUCUGACGAAAUACUUGUGAACCCUGAGACGACGCGACAGAAAACAGCACCUUGGGGUCUUGCUCGAGUCAGUCACCGUAAGAAACUCACACUUGGCUCUUUCACAAAGUACGACUACGUAACUUACGCUGGUGAGGGCGUUGAUGUAUAUAUCAUCGACACUGGUAUCUACGUUGACCACCCGGAGUUCAAUGGGCGUGCGCAUUGGGGUGUGACCAUCCCUCAGAACGACGUCGACGAGGAUGCCAACGGUCAUGGAACUCACUGCGCUGGUACCGUGGCUUCAGAAGCCUAUGGUGUCGCCAAGAAAGCCGAAGUGUAUGCAGUCAAAGUUCUUGGUUCUAACGGUAGUGGAACUAUGUCGGACGUUAUCAAGGGUGUCGAAUGGGCUACUGCGGCCGCGAAACAGAAGGCACAGUCUGGUUCAUCCAAGCACAAGGGUUCUGUUGCCAACAUGAGUCUCGGCGGUGGUAAGUCGCCAACACUUGACGCAGUUGUCAACAAGGCUACCGACUCUGGUCUUCAUUUCGCCGUCGCAGCUGGUAACGAAAACAGAGAUGCUUGCAGCUCUUCGCCUGCUGCCGCAGAGAAAGCGAUUACUGUCGGAGCCUCGACCAUCUAUGACGAGCGUGCUUAUUUCUCGAAUUUCGGCAAAUGUGUUGACGUGUUUGCACCGGGCCUCAAUAUUAGGUCAACCUGGCCCAACGACGAGACUAAUACCAUAUCUGGUACCUCCAUGGCGUCCCCUCACACCGCUGGUCUACUUGCCUACUUGCUCUCGAUAUACCCUUCAGUUCCUUUCAACCCGGAUUUGACCCCUGGUUUCGAUGUGCCCACUCUGAUUGAUCCAGAACAGCGUGCCUUUGCUUCCAUGUACAAGGUCAUACAUGCUGCUCUUCCUCCCGUCAUCAGCAGUUUCCUUCCUUCACCGGAAAUUGUUGAAGCUGCUACAGCCCCUGUUCCUCCCAAGACGCUUUCUGCUGCCCAAUUGAAGCGCGCGGUUUUAUCCCUCGCCACCAAGGGUGUGAUCACCGGUACUUUACCUGAAGGUACACCCAACUUGUUGAUUUUCAACAAUGCGACUACCGCGUAA